AUGGAAAGCGGGGGCGAUGCCGGAGCGGCAUCUCGGCGGGGAGGCGGCGGGUUCCCGGGCGCUGCUGGGCCCGGCGCUCCCCCGGCUGCGGACGGCGGCGUGAACGUGGAUGGGCCCGGCGGGAGCGGAGCGGCCGCCGCUGCGGGGCCGGGAGCGCCCGCGCCGCCGCCCCGAGCGCCGUGCUCCAGGGACCCCAAAAUGGUCCAUCAGCGGUUCCUGCGGCGGAGCGUGGUGGACUCGGACCAGGAGGAGCCCGCGUUCGACCUUCCCGAGUCGGAGCAUCAGAGGAAAAUCAUCUUGCUCCCCAAAACCAGGAGGAUAAUCGCGGAGAGGGCGAAGGCAGGGCACGGGGCGGCGGAAAAGGUGUGCCUGGAGGCCGAGCCCCCGGGGCCGCUGCGGGCGGGGCCGGCACCCGGCGGUGCGGCGGGGCCCGAGGAGCAGAAGGAGGCCGGCAAGGAUGCGGAGAGGAAGGAGGCGUCGGACGCGGCCAAGGAGCAGGGCAAGACCAAGAAAGAGGAGCCCGAGGAGGAGGCUGACAUGAAAGCGGUUGCCACCUCGCUGGAUGGCAGGUUCCUUAAGUUUGAUAUUGAACUCGGGAGGGGAUCCUUCAAAACGGUCUAUAAGGGACUGGACACGGAGACGUGGGUGGAAGUCGCUUGGUGUGAACUUCAGGACAGAAAAUUAACAAAAGUAGAGAGACAGAGAUUUAAAGAAGAAGCAGAAAUGUUGAAAGGUCUACAGCACCCAAACAUUGUAAGGUUUUAUGACUUCUGGGAAUCCUGUGUAAAAGGAAAAAGGUGCAUCGUGCUGGUUACCGAACUGAUGACCUCUGGAACACUGAAGACGUAUCUGAAGAGAUUUAAAGUGAUGAAACCAAAAGUCCUGCGUAGUUGGUGCCGGCAAAUCCUGAAGGGUCUUCUUUUCUUGCACACGAGAACUCCACCAAUAAUUCACAGAGACUUAAAAUGUGACAAUAUUUUUAUUACUGGACCAACUGGAUCUGUGAAAAUAGGAGACUUAGGUCUGGCAACCCUCAAGAGAGCUUCGUUUGCCAAAAGUGUAAUAGGUACACCAGAAUUUAUGGCCCCAGAAAUGUAUGAGGAACACUACGAUGAAUCUGUUGAUGUCUAUGCGUUUGGAAUGUGCAUGUUGGAAAUGGCUACCUCAGAAUACCCCUACUCAGAAUGCCAGAAUGCUGCUCAAAUUUACCGGAAAGUAACCUGUGGUAUAAAGCCAGCAAGCUUUGAGAAAGUUACAGAUCCUGAAAUUAAGGAGAUAAUUGGGGAGUGCAUUUGCAAAAAUAAGGAAGAAAGAUAUGAAAUUAAAGACUUAUUAAGCCAUGCCUUUUUUGCUGAAGAUACUGGGGUAAGGGUGGAACUUGCAGAAGAAGACCAUGGUAGGAAAUCCUCUAUUGCCUUAAGACUCUGGGUAGAAGAUCCUAAGAAACUGAAAGGAAAACCCAAAGAUAAUGGAGCCAUUGAGUUUACUUUUGAUCUGGAGAAGGAAACUCCUGAUGAUGUUGCACAAGAAAUGAUUGACUCUGGAUUUUUUCAUGAAAACGAUCUCAAGAUAGUUGCCAAGUCAAUACGUGACAGAGUAGCAUUGAUACUGUGGAGAAGAGAGAGAAUUUGGCCUAGAAUACAAUCAGAGGAACGCCGAGAUUCUGAGUGCUUGGAGAAGUCGAAGGCGCCGCCUCCACAACAGGUUCAAGUCACAUACCUUUCCCACACGGGCCAUCACAUCCUGUCCGAGUCGGAGGAACCCGAGGCAGACCAGCAUCCCUUCCAGCAAAACCUGCCCACCAGCAUCACAUCCGUUGCAUCUGACAGCACAUUCGACAGUGGUCAGGGGUCCACUGUUUAUUCAGACUCGCAGAGCAGCCAGCAAAGCGUCAUCUACUCAUCUGUGCCCGACGCCGUGCCGCCCGCAAUCCAGCGGGUGUACAGCCCACCCCUCAGCGAGGGCCAGGCGCUGCCCCACAGCCUCCCGCAGCUGGGGCACUACCAGCAGCCCUCAGCACCUGCCCUGCCCGUGGUUCAGGCUCCACCUGCAGUGGUGCCCCAGAGGCCCCAGCACUACCAGGAGCCAGCGAUGACGUUCCCAGUGGUGCAGCCGACCACCGUGGCCUCCAUGCAGCUGGGGCAGUCGCAGCCGGUGCUGGCCAGCCAGCAGCAACCCAUAUCACAGCAAACUUCUCUGCAGCAGGUGCUUGCCAGCCAGCCGGUUUGCCCCAUCCAGCCUGCCCCCCAUCUCCUGCCCCAGUACCAGCCCCAGACCUCUCAGGUGGCAGCCAGUAGUACACCACUGAAACCCCUUCAGAUUUCAACUGUGCCACAGCUUCCUCCAGUUGCCCCUUCCCAGAUGCCUCAGUUUCCUGUCAUUCCUGCAAUUACUCCUCUGGCAGGACUUGACAACCUUCCUCCAAACCUCUCUGAUAUACCUGCUGCAAACGUGCCCCCCAUACCUGCUCCUUCUCAGUAUUUCGCUCCAGCUGUGAUUUUACCGAGCCUCCCCAUGAACCCCACUUUGCCCAUGGCACCAAACUCCCCCGCCCUCCCCAUGCAAGCAGUGAACCUUCCUCAUACAACUGUGGCUUCUCUGGUCUUGCCCUGCCAAACAAUAGUGCCAAAUAUGUCGGCUGCUACAAUACCAUUGCUUGCCGUGGCUCCGCCGGGAGUGCCAGCGCUGCCGCCGCACCACGCGGUGUCCCAGCUGCCCCAGCAGCAGAUGUACCCGACCACCUUCCAGCAGAUAAUCCAGAGCGAAGCACCCUCUCCCCAUCACACCCAGAGCACGCAAGCCGUUUCCCAGCCGCAGCAGCCUCCACCUCCUCAGUCACUUCAGCCAGGCGUAAUUCAUCCAUCAGAACAGCCACUGUCUGCCCCUGGGGCCGGUAACCAGCAGGUUACUGGACAUACUCAGUAUGGUUUGGAAACUGGAGCCCAGGUGCCGGUACUCCCAGUGCAGCCUUCGCUAGUCAUGUCACCGCCUUUGCAGUUGCAACCUGAACUGUUGCCUCCCCGCGUCGCUCCAGAAAGCAUUUCACAGAUUCAUGGCAGCCUUGCUACAGCUAGUCCACCAGUGCCCAUAGAUCACUGUCUGCCUCUACAGCCUUCGGGUGUUCUGCAGCUUCAGCCAGACCUUUCCCAGCCCCUGGCUCAGCAGCUCCCUGGCUCAGCCGUGCAGGCGGUGGCAGAGACAUCGCAAGAGGAGCAGGCAAUACAGGACAAACUUCAAACUCUGUCACAGAGCUGUGAAAGCUACAUGAGUCCAGAUGUUGCUUCAGGUAAAGAGAUGAGUGACAGCUUCGAAGGAGCAAUAGGAAGUGGAAAACAAGAAGGAAAGUCUUCAAAGAAACAUAAGAAAUCUACACGUGCUCGUUCACGCCAGGAGAAAACCAACAGACCCAAACUGACUAUAUUAAAUGUUUGUAACACAGGAGAUAAGAUGGUGGAGUGUCAGCUUGAAACACACAAUCACAAAAUGGUGACUUUUAAGUUUGAUUUGGAUGGUGAUGCACCUGAGGAAAUUGCUACUUACAUGGUAGAGAAUGAAUUCAUAUUGCAGAGUGAGAAAGAGACAUUUAUUGAACAAAUGAAAGAUAUUAUCGAUAAAGCAGAAGAUAUGCUCAGUGAAGAUACGGAAGGAGAACGGAGUUCUGAUCAGGGAACAAGUCCCCAGCAGGAUACUGAUGGAACAGAAAUGAAUGAGGAGAAGCGGCCAUCUCAAGUGAAGACUCCUGUGUAUCAACAAAAUGUUUUGCAUACUGGAAAAAGGUGGUUUAUUAUAUGCCCUGUGGUGGAAAACCCGACUACGGAUGCACCAGAAUUUUCUCCACCAGUUCCUCAGGGUGCACAACAGUCUGAAGGUCCAGACCUGGAGCAGUCGGAUGAUCAGCAAGCAAACUCUGCGGUGCCGGAUGCGCCUGGUGUCUUAGCUUGUCAGCAGCUUCCUCUACAAGCAAGCAUCUGUGACAGCCCCAUUGGGGCCUCUCCAUCUUUGGCACAAAUUCCUGCUGCAGCAUCUUCAGCUGGCUUGCCGAGCCAGGCAGAGCUCUCAGCUCCAGCGCCGCCAGGACCUGCUCCAAACAUCCUGGAGCAGGCAGCUGCUAACGGAGGCCAGCCGGAAUGUUCUCUACUGCAAGCAGCAUUACCUGCCCCACCUGGCACUCCAGCCCCAGGUGCCGCCCCUCUGGAGGAGCCUGCUGAUGCUUCCCUGGCUGCCCAGCCUACUCAGCAGGCGCAGCAGCAGGCAGAUGAGGCCAUGUGUAUCCCUGACGUGGAGAUAGCGUGUUGCAGUGUCGGGCCGCCCAAAGCAGUCCCGCCAGCUCCUGCCAAGGCAGCAGAGCUCUGCCCGCUCCCUGUGCUCUCAGAUGCUGUUGUUUUGGAGCGGCAGCCUGCAGCCCAGAUCCCUCACCUGCCAGAGGCCGGCCAGCCCGGCGUGGUGCAGCACUCCUUUGUGAAUCAAGUGUUUCCUGCAUCUGUUGCAUCCGAGUCUCUCAAUCUGGCAGGAUCUCAACUUCAGAGCCCCACUCAGGUGUCCAUGGCCACAUCCCAACAGCACGUGAUGCUGUCCCAGGCACAGCCUGUCACCUGCGCCAGCGUGGGGAUCAGCCUGCUGCAGCAGCAGCAGCAGCCGUGCACUGUGGAGUCUGAUGGAGAGGGGCCACCCCGGGUGGAUUUCGUUGACAAUACAAUAAAAAGCCUCGAUGAGAAAUUGCGCAACUUACUUUACCAGGAAUAUGUCCCGACUUCUUCUGCAUCAGCAGGAACUCCAGAUGCUUUUGUGCCACUGGAACAGGCAGACAGUGAAUUUAACUUGCCACCAUUCACCGAAGAUCCCAAGUUGGUGUUGGAUUUGAGAGAACCAGGCCAUAACACCACAGAUAGCUGCCAGGAGGUGAAAGCUGCUGAGGCCCAGUUUGUGCCAGCUGUGCCACCUGAGGUCGCACCUUACCCAGCAUUGCUUGAAAAGUCUGAGGCCGCAGGCGUUGGGACUGAGUCCUUGGAAGCAAGAGGUGGGUCAGCAAGCCAAAGAGGAUCAGCUGCGAGCAUCACUCCAGCUCCUGUGACUCCAGCAAAGGGCCUCCUCCAGGUUGCACCUACAUCAUCGAGCAUAGCUAAACAGAUGGAAACUUCUAAAAUGAACGAGAAGGCAAAGGCUACAACUUCAUCUACGCACACAGAUAAUGUAAUGCAGCUAUCGACAGCAGAUGGGGUGAUAAAUAACCUUCAAAGGGAUGACUCUCUAGACUCCGGUUCCUAUGGAAAACAGGCUGGAACUCAUGAUAGUGGUACACCAGCCAAAACUAUUGGCAGGUUUUCAGUAAGCAGCACGCAAGAUGAAUUAACUUUAGCAGCGCCGCAUUGCUUAAGGUUCUCUGCGCCCCCGGACGUCUAUUUGGAUGAGCUCCCUUCCAGCCCCGACCAGAAGACAGCUGUCCGACGGGUGCAGACAGCCUCAUCUGUUGAUGUCCUUUGUGACCAGGGCUCGAGUGAUUCUGCUGAGGAACCCUUCCAUCGACAGGCUGCUGCGGCUCAGCCGUCCCCUCCGAGCAGCAGCGCAGCCUCUGACUUAAUUAAAAAAGCAGCAGCUUUUCUGCAAAGGACUGGAAAAGCGGGCUCCCAAGGCCCCGAUUCACCGAACGGGCAGGGAACAAAGAUUCCUACCAUCAACAUAACGUCCUUCCACUCGCAGUCAUCGUACAUGAGCAGUGACAAUGACUCUGAAUUUGAAGAUGCAGACAUGAAGAAAGAACUGCAGAACUUGAGAGAAAAGCAUAUGAAAGAAAUCGCCGAACUUCAGACUCAGCAGAAGAACGAGAUAGAGGCUCUGUACAUUCGGUUAGGGAAGCCCCUCCCUCCCAACAUGGGGUUCCUUCACUCAGCCCCACCAAGCGGCCGUCGACGAAGAACCAGCAAAAAUAAAUUGAAAGGUGGAAAACUAUUAAACCCUCUGGUUCAACAGCUCAGGAGUGGAACAUCAAGCACAAGUAAUGUUUCAGACUCUAAAGACUCACCUCACAAAGAGACAACUAAAGCUCAGCCUGGAUCUCUCGAAACCACAGGAGUAACUUCCUCUGUGUCAGCCACAUUUGGGAAGUCUGUUCAGACACAGCAGCCGUGCUCUGUCAAAGCCUCUUUGUCUUCUGACAUCUGCUCCGGCUUAGGCCCCGAAGGAGGUGAUGCGAACGCAAGCUCUGGCCAAGGCUGGACGGUUUUCCACCAAACGUCUGAGAGAGUGACCUAUAAAUCUAGUAGCAAACCUCGUACCAGAUUCCUCAGUGGACCUGUGUCUUUGUCCAUCUGGUCCACCUUGAAACGACUAUGUCUAGGCAAAGAUCACAGUAGUAGAUCCUCUACAAACAGUCUUGUAACGUGUCCUGAGCCCCUUCCGCAAUCAACUCUGCAGGUUCAGGCCAACAACAGUAACAACAAGAAGGGAACGUUCACCGAUGAUCUUCACAAGCUGGUUGACCAGUGGACAAGCAAAACUGUUGGAGCUGCACAGGCAAAACCUUCUUUAAACCAACUGAAGCAGAACCAAAAAAGGCAGGACAUGGAGCCGAAGGCAAAUCCCAUGCAAACACAGAAUGAGACAUGUGGAGUUAAUUCAGUCAGAACAGGAUUGGGGAAAAGGUGCAUUGUUCCAGUGUCUUGUCCCAUGUCUGCGCUAACUCCUGGAGUUUCGCCAUCCAUGCCAGUGCCUAUGCCAGGUACUACCCCUUCUGGCACAGUAACACCCUAUGCGAUGCCUCUUUGUCAGUACGGAGGAGUUUUCCCUACGCCGCUUUACGGAGUGCAGUGGUCGGGGCCGGCAGCACGGCCAGGGCUGGUAGGAGGGCAGAGCGUUGCUCAUUUCUCAGCUCUCGGCAAAGCUUGCUUGCAGAUGUACCCUGUGCCACUGCAGCAGCCCGCGGCCGACCCGCCCGGCCCACGUGUGAGACUGACAUAGCUCAGCGGGCUCUGAUAGGUGACGGUGAUAGCGACCUCGUGUCCAUCUGUAGAUGCCAUAUGUGUCAGAGAGGCGCGGGUCCGCAGCGGGCCUGCCAGCCUACACAGCCAUACACCGCAUCCAGCAAUCACUGUGAUGGGUUUCGCAACAGGUCGUUUGUUUGUUACGGCAAUAUCUGCAUAUAUGUCAUUGCUGAAGACACUUUAUUAUGUUGUGUUCUGAUGUUUUACACUUGCAAGCCUUGAAGUUGAUGUACUUGAAUCGAUGACUAGAAAUUGUACUAACCUGCAGGAGUACAGUGCCUUGAAUAUCAGCUUUUCAGUUCCAGCUGGAAAGAGAUGUAAAAAUAUUUGAAAGGUGUAUUUUAUUUAUGAUUUGCUUGUGAGUAAAGUUCUUUUUCUUUGCAAAGAUACUGAAGGUUUACAGUCGAAGCUCGUCAUCAGUUUCAUUCUGCUGUAAAUGCUUUAAUUUUAACUGAUGUGUUGAAUUUUCAUUUCCGAGGCUUUAAAAAAAAAAAAAGUGAGGUGAAGUUUGUUUGAGAUACUGAUGGAAAUUUAUUGUGUUUGUACAAGGAGUAGUGAAAUGCACAUUUGCAAAUAGGAGCAUUGACAGAGUGAUCCUAGUGAGCUGUGUAUAAGAACAGAUAAUAGCUUCGGGCAGUGCAAUCCAUUCCUUAUAGCCUUUGCUAAAGCCGCUGCAGGUUGCAGCCGCUGCUGUAGCAGACGCACGAGUUCUGCUUUCUUCCAGACCACAGUAGCCAAUUGGAUUACAUUUUCUUUCCCUGCCGGGCUUUUAUAAUUUAGUUAAAUUACAAAUCUAUGCGUGAUCCUAAGUGAGAAGCCUGAUGGAAAUCUGGGUUGCAGGAGCACGUCCGCAGGUCGCUGUCGGAGCCAUGUAAGUACACACAUGUGCUCUGCCUUCAGUUCCAAAACAGAGGCUAAGAACGUGCUUUGCCACUCAAGUGCUAACAGAAUUCACAUUGAAAUGGAAUAAAAAUGUGAAGCUAUUAUUUUUCUUUUUUCCUCUGUGAGCAAUGAAUGCUUCAGCUUUGGAAUCUCACCACCUUUCAUUUGAAUCUUUUUUCCUUUUUCUUUUCUGUUUUUUUUAAUCAAGUUUGCACCGUAGGCGGCUCGGACACCUCUCUCCUGUUUGCGGGUUGCUUUUUGCCUCUUUUACUGUGCUUAGAGUCUGCAUCUGCACCUCU